AUGUCUGCCGAAGAACAGCUUCAAGAUGUCAACGAGAGCGAAAUCGAGUCCAACUGGGACCAGGUCGUUGACAACUUCGAUAACAUGGACCUCAAGCCCGAGCUCCUUCGUGGCGUCUACGCCUACGGUUUCGAGCGCCCCUCUGCCAUCCAGCAGCGCGCGAUCGUCCCCGUCGUGAAGGGCCACGAUGUCAUUGCCCAGGCCCAGUCCGGUACCGGCAAGACCGCCACCUUCUCCAUCUCGAUCCUCCAGCAGCUCGACGUGAGCCUGCGUCAAUGCCAGGCACUCAUCCUCGCCCCCACCCGUGAGCUCGCCCAGCAGAUCCAAAAGGUCGUCAUUGCCCUUGGCGACUACAUGAACGUCGAGUGCCACGCCUGCGUUGGUGGCACCAACGUCCGCGAAGACAUGGCCAAGCUCCAGGAGGGAGUCCAUGUCAUCGUCGGUACUCCCGGCCGCGUGUACGACAUGAUCAACCGUCGCGCCCUCAAGUCGGACCACAUCAAGAUCUUCUGUCUCGACGAGGCUGACGAGAUGCUGUCCCGCGGCUUCAAGGAGCAGAUCUACGAGCUCUUCCAGCUUCUCCCCUCAGACACGCAGGUCGUCCUCCUCUCCGCCACCAUGCCCGCCGACGUGCUCGAGGUGACGAAGAAGUUCAUGCGCGACCCCGUGCGCAUCCUCGUCAAGCGGGAUGAGCUUACGCUCGAAGGUAUCAAGCAGUUCUACAUCGCCGUUGAGAAGGAGGAGUGGAAACUUGACACGCUUUGCGAUCUCUACGAGACCGUCACCAUCACCCAGGCCGUCAUCUUCUGCAACACCCGGCGGAAGGUCGACUGGCUCACCGAGAAGAUGCACUCGCGCGAGUUCACCGUGUCUGCCAUGCACGGUGAUAUGGAGCAGAAGCAGCGUGAGGUCCUGAUGAAGGAGUUCCGUUCUGGUUCCUCCCGUGUCCUGAUCACGACCGACCUGCUUGCGCGUGGCAUUGACGUGCAGCAAGUGUCGCUCGUCAUCAACUACGACCUCCCCACGAACCGGGAGAACUACAUUCACCGGAUCGGUCGUGGCGGUCGGUUUGGCCGCAAGGGUGUUGCCAUCAACUUCGUGACGACCGAGGACGUGCGGAUGCUUCGCGAUAUUGAACAGUUCUACAACACCCAGAUUGAUGAAAUGCCUCUGAACGUCGCGUGA